AUGCAGGACCAGACUCCACCAGCAACAGGAAUCUUGGACUCAAUGCCUUCCCCUGUGGAUCGUUCACAAAGGGAAUAUUUUCAAUACUUGCAGAACUUUAAUUUGGAGUUGGAGAAGGGGGAGAAGGCUCAGCGAUACAAGGGAAGAGUGUUCUACAAACCUAACCUUGAGUAUCAUCUGAAAAGCUAUUCAGAACCUUUUGAGCUCCUAAUUGGAGGCCAACCUCUGAGUUUUCCUCUUCUCCUUUCCACAGAUGCUUCUCCUCCCACAGAUGCCACUACACCCCACAAAUGCUGCUACACCAUAGGCACACUUUGUUACACGGCCUUGAUCCUCUCCAACUCCUAUAGAGGAGACCCUGGAAGCCUUUCUCCUGGAUUUGCACUCAAGGAAUUGUCACCAGUAGAGGACAUUUAUAAAGGAAAAUUUUACCACUUAGUGAUAUUGGAGAGAAAUGAAAGCCAUGGCAUCAAGAAUUUUGAUCUCAAGGAAGUCUGGGAAAAUAGGCAUGAGUUUGAAAAUCGGUGGAGAGAUGAUGCAAGAAAUUACAAAGAAGUGCCUUUGACUCAUAACAAAAAUCUCACUUGUAGGAAAGAUCAGCCACUUAAUCAGCCCUCAGUUACUCUUCCUGAAAAGCAGAGUGUUUCUGUGAGAAAAAAUACAUACCAGUAUGUCAUGAAUAAUGAACCAUUCAUCAGGACUUUGUUACAACAGGACAGUAACGUAAGUGGUUCUGGAAACCAGUAUAUAAACUGCUUGGAAAAUAGAAUUGGAUUAAGUUUGCAGGCACACCUGGGUGAACUCCAGAGAUUUGACAGUGAGGAGGAAACGUAUGAAUGUAGUAAUCCAACUGAGAAGUCUGUCAGCAAUGGUUCCUCAGUCUCACCACUUGAAAGAAUUCCUCCCAGGACCCAAAACAUUUGGAAUAAAUCUAGGAAGAUUUAUCAUUUGUUACCUGCCCAAGCCAGGAGAGGAUACACCAGAGGAAAAUCUUAUAAAUGUAAUGAAUGUGGGAAGGAUUUUAGCAAGAGCUCAAACCUCAUGAAUCAUGAGGGUAUUCUUUCUGCACAGAGACUUUACAAAUGUAAUGCAUGUAGCAAAGUGUUUGUUGAGUGUUCAAGCUUUACUCAAGAUAAGAAAAUCCAUACCGGUGAGAAACCUUACAAAGGUAAUGAGUGUGCCAAAGCGUUUACCCAAUUUGGCAACCUUAGUAGUCAUCAGAAAAUACCUGCUGGGGAGAAACAGCACAAAUGUAACUUGUGUAACAAGGCUUUUAUCCAAAGGUCAAGACUUAAGGCACAUCAGGUAAUUCAUACAGGAGAAAAACAUUAUAAAUGUACUAAAUGUGAUAAGGCUUUUAUCAAACAUUCAGCACGUUUGCGUCAUGAGAGAACUCAUACCGGUGAGAAACGUUACAAAUGUAUUGAUUGUGGCAAGGCCUUUUUGAGGAGUUCACACCUUACUCAGCAUAAGAGAAUCCAUACUGGAGAGAAACCUUACAAGUGUAAUGAAUGUGGCAGGGCUUUUAACCAAUUUUCACACCUUUGGUGUCAUGAGAAAAUUCAUACUGGCGACAAACCUUACAAAUGUAAUGAGUGUGGCAAAGCCUUUACCCAGGCUUCAAGACUCACUAAACAUCAGAGAGUCCAUACAGGACAGAAACCAUAUAAAUGUAAUGAAUGUGGUAGGGCUUUUAUCCAAUCUUCACACCUUAGGCGUCAUGAGAAAAUUCAUACUGGUGACAAACCUUACAUAUGUCAUGAGUGUGGCAAAGCCUUUACCCAGCGUUCAAAACUCACUACACAUCAGAGAAGAAUGCAUACUGGAGAGAAACCUUACAAAUGUAAAGAGUGUGGCAAAUCAUUUACACAAUUUGGAAAUCUCACUAUGCAUCAGAAAAUACACACUGGGGAAAAACCACACAAAUGUAAUGUGUGUGACAAGGCUUUUAUCCAAAGGUCAUACCUUGUGGCACAUCAGAGAAUUCACACAGGAGAAAGACCUUAUAGAUGUAAGAAAUGUAGUAAGGCUUUUGUCAACCAUUCAGAACUUUUGCGUCAUGAGAGGACUCAUACUGGUGAGAAACCUUACAAAUGUAUUGACUGUGGCAAGGCCUUUUGGAGGAGUUCACAUCUUAUUCAGCAUAAGAGAAUCCAUACUGGUGAGAAACCUUACAAGUGUAAUGAAUGUGGCAGGGCUUUUAACCAAUUUUCACACCUUUGGUGUCAUAAGAGAAUUCAUACUGGCGACAAACCUUACAAAUGCAAUGAGUGUGGCAAAGCGUUUACCCGACUUGGAAAACUUACUAAUCAUCAGAAAAUACACACUGGCUAG